AUGCCGGUCCUAGAGAGACUCUCUGCGGCCCGGCCAUUUAUGAGACUUUUUGCGCGUUCAUCCGGCGGUCGCGGUGCGCGAAACGCUGCCGCUCUUUUUGGCGGAACCUUAUUCCUUGGGUAUUAUUCCCUGUGGGGCAAGAAUCCACUUCUAAGCGAAUCCAUCAAAAGCAUCAAACAUUUUGGAACGUCAACGCCCGAGUCGCAAGAACAGAACACAAUUUCACUACUUUCUGACGCAGAAGUGACGCGCAGACUACGACAAUUGGAAGAAAGCCAUUUUGUGCAGCGUGGAAGCGGGCUUGUGCGAUUCGAUGUGGCGCAAUUGCCAUCCAAUUCACCGAUUGAAGACGCGCACAUUGAGCAGGUGGUCACGGUUCCAGGUCGCGAUGAAGCCCGUGACGAAGAUCUGUAUUUUUUCGGUGUUUUCGAUGGUCACAGUGGACCAUACACUUCAGCGAAAUUGGCACAGGAUUUAGUACCUUAUGUGGCCCAUCAGCUGUCCAAAGUUUAUACUGCGGGCGUCGUAUCGGCUUCUGUCGCUGAAAACGUCGUCGACAACGCGCUGUCCGACGCGUUCAAGUUACUCGACCGCGAUAUCGUUUUGGGUUCCCUUGGGAAUUUGUUUCAAAAUCCCUCUAAGGAAACGCUUACACGCGCCUUACCGGCGGUCUCGGGCUCGUGUGCGCUACUUGCCAUGUUCGACUCUCAAAGUUCGACUUUAAAAUGUGCUGUCACAGGCGACUCACGCGCGUUGCUUGCGUCUGUCAAUAAAGAGGGCCAGUGGUCUGUGAAGGCGUUGACCGUUGACCAGACGGGUGACAACGAAAGUGAGGUUGCGCGUAUCCAGGCAGAGCAUCCGGGAGAACAAAAUGCGGUGCGGAAUGGACGUGUCUUGGGCUCUUUGCAACCAUCGCGAGCCUUUGGCGACUACCGCUACAAAGUCAAGGACAUCGACGGCAAAUCGGUGCGCGAUCUACCGGACCAUCUCAAAAUCUACUUCAGGCGCGAACCCAACGCGUUUCACACGCCACCUUACGUUACCGCAGAACCCGUUAUAUCUACCGCGCAGGUGAAUUCCGAUGUCAAAUUUAUGGUUUUAGCCUCUGACGGGUUGUACGAGCUUCUAUCUAAUGACGAAAUUGCGUCUUUGGUAGUCAAAUGGAUGCAGCACAACCCAGUGGUACCUGGCGCCGCUCCUUUGCGUACGUCUGGCCCUGCAGGGAAGCUCACACCGGUCCGGGACACCUCGGAGGACGCAGAAUCGCAACGUCCGGCUUUCAGAUACAGAUCUCAAACUAAAAACCCGUCCGAAUACUUGCUGGAGGACAAGAAUGUCGCUACGCAUCUUAUCCGAAACGCUUUGAGUGCCAAGGGAAACAAGGACUACGUCUCUACGCUUGUCAGUAUUCCGUCACCUAUGAGCAGGAAAUAUCGCGACGAUCUCACCGUUACAGUAGUGUUCUUCGAUCACAACGAAAACCACGAGCAAACCGGACGCCUGGUGAUUAAUGAUGAGGCAACUACAAAGCCCAGAGCCAAGCUAUGA